AUGUCUAUUCGCCUCCUCCUCCCACCUCGCGCCAGCCUCCUCCUCCUUUCCCCUCUCCGCCGCCGCCGGGCGCCGACGCCCCCGCCCUUUCGGGCCACUUCAACCGCGGUUCCACCUAGAACCAGCAGUUUCUUCGGCCUCCCCAACCGCGCCUUCACCGGCGUCUCGGCCAUGGCGGCGGGGGCGCAGCAAGGGGCCGUGGAGGUUAGGGAGAGCGUGGAGCUGACGGAGAAGGAGGAGCAGAUCUUCGAGCGGCUGCUGGACGUCGUCCGCCACUUCAGCCUCGGCACCCAGGUCCGCGUCGCCGGCGGAUGGGUCAGGGAUAAGCUAUUGGGGAAAGACUCUACUGACAUUGACAUCGCACUUGAUAAUAUGACGGGCCAAAAUUUCUGUGAGAGAGUAAACGAGUACUCAGAGUUCUUAGGUGAAGAGCAGAAAGGAAUUGGUGUUAUCCAGUGCAACCCUGAUCAAUCCAAGCACUUGGAAACUGCAACAAUGCUUAUAGAUGACAUCUGGAUUGAUUUUGUAAAUUUGAGGUCUGAAAAGUAUGCUGAAAACAGUCGUAUUCCUACUGUGGAAAUUGGUACAGCCAAAGAAGAUGCAUUCCGCAGGGACCUAACAAUCAAUAGCUUAUUCUAUAACAUCAACACUAAAUCGGUGGAAGAUUUAACUGAAAGAGGUCUUGAAGAUCUUAAAAAGGGCCUCAUUGCUACUCCCUUACCUGCCAAAUCAACUUUUCUGGAUGACCCCCUCAGGGUCCUUCGCGCAAUCCGGUUUGCUGCUAGAUUCAGCUUUACAUUAACUGAAGAUUUGAAAGAAGCUGCUUCUGAUGAAAAUGUGAAGUCUGAACUUGGUAGCAAGAUCAGCAGAGAACGUAUUGGUCAUGAGGUAGAUCUCAUGAUGUCAGACAAACACCCUGUCGAUGCAAUGUGUUAUAUCCGUGAUUUGGGAUUAUUUUAUGUUGUGUUUGCUUUUCCUGAGAAACUUGACCCUCCAGUUCUUGACACACAUGAUUGGCUUUGUGUUUCACAUAUCGAAGCAGCGUGGAAUCUUGCACAUUCUAUUGGCAGUUCUGUGUUCAGUGGUGGUUCCGAUCCCAAGUCGCAGGAUGACCAGAAAAGGCUUUGCUUGUAUAGUGCACUGUUUAUUCCAGUCCGAAAUAUGGUCUACAUGGACAAAAAAAAGAAGAAGGUUCCCGCUGUUAGCUAUAUUAUUCGGGACUCUCUAAAGCUCAAAGCUAGUGAUGCUGACACGAUCGUGAAUAUACAUGUUGCAAGUGAAAAGUUUGCCGAAUUAGUUCUUCUCGAGUCAAAUGAAAAUCUGGAAACUGUCAAAGAGAAGCUGGAUGAUGAAUAUCUCGAGAUACCAACAGACUCAGUAAAACGUGUGUUGGCAGGACUUAUACUUCGUGAAAUAAAAGGGUUUUGGCGUGUGGCACUGUUUAUCUCGGCUCUCAUAAAUCCAGAAGUUGGCAAUGCUAGUGGAUCCCUCAGCAAGCAGGGUGAGCUAAAUCAAAGGAAAGAGAAAUACCUCAGUGUUGAGCGUUCAAUAACUGACCUUGAUCUUGAUGGUGUAUGGAAUUUGAAGCCGUUGCUCGAUGGGAAGGCCAUUAUGGGUGUCUUGGAGGUCAAGUCUGGAGGUCCCUUGAUUGGAAAAUGGCAACAAAGACUGGUAAAGUGGCAGCUUGCGCAUCCAAAAGGUACCAUGGAGGAGUGCAAGGAGUGGAUGAAGCAGUCACAGCAGCAAUCGAAACGCCAGAAAGUAGAAUGCAGCAGCUGAGGAUUAUUGACAUUUUGAGCUUAGGCAGUCCUCAAAAUUCAGCUAUAGGCCACAAAACUUCCCAUGAAAUCAGCCCGCAUGUAGCCGUCUUUAAACUAAGAAAGUAAGAAUCAAGCUCCUUAGUGAAGAUGGUUAUACCUGACUAACCUUAGGUUUGACAUGCUGUGUAUCUUACCAAGGUCACAUGUUAACAAAAAAUCACUAGUUCAGAUAAUCGAAAUUUUGCCUAGGUAUUUCGAAUG